AUGGGCGGCAAAGCUCUCCUCGCCCUCCUCCCGCACGCCACAUUUCCCCGUCUCUCUCCUGCGCUCUACAACGCCAUAAAAUCACAUCUACACGCACGGCUCUCUCCCCUCUUCGACAGGGUUACUAUCCCCCAUGAGGCACCAGAAAAACUUGACCAUGGGGACAUCGAUUUCAUUGUAGCUUCUCCUCAGCCAGGUUUAAAGCAUCACGACGUUGAGCGUGCCCUCGGGACGACGUCGCAGCAUAGUAUACCUAGUCCUGAGGUGGGCGCAGGGACGAGUCAUUUUGCUCUGUCGCUAGCUUUACUGGAGCGGGAGCUUGGCUUUGUUGAGGAUGGUGCUAGCCAUAUCAUACCUCACGAAGAUUCCAGCCUUGUUACAAAGGCAGAUGUGGACGGACGAUACGUCCAAGUGGAUGUGCAUCUCUGUCCUGACGUAGAAGACUUCGAGCGCGUCGUCUUCUUUCAUGGGUAUGGUGAUCUUGGUAUGAUUAUGGGCGCUCUGGCGAGGAGCGUUGGCCUGCAGCUUGGCUCUAAAGGACUCAAGAUUUCUUCGCCCGCCCUUGCACCCACAUUCUCCACGUCGUUCCAGCUCUCAUCGACCUUUCGUCCAAUUCUUGCCUUCUUCGGACUCUCCCUUGCUCGAUGGGAACAAGGCUUCGAGACCCAGAUCUCCGCGUUCGAAUGGAUUGCCACUUCGCCAUUCUAUGAUCCUCGCAGGAUCGCUUCGCGCGACUCAGACAAUCCGUCACGGGAGAGAAGCCUUCGUGACAGAAAAAUCUAUCAAGCGUUUUGGGCGUGGAACGAGUCGCAGGCUCGGCCACAAAGUCCUCAUUCCGGGUUCAUGUCUUCGGUUGAUGGCGAUGGCGAGGUUAUGUUACAACCUGAAGAACGAUCCACUUUUGUAGCAGGCGUGCACGAGGAAGCUCUGGUCUACUUCGGUAGGAAAGCUGAGCAUGACGAGUUAAUGGAGCGGAACCAAAGGCGAAUCAAGUUCAAGAAAGCCUGGAACGGGACGAAUGUGGGUGAGUGGACUGGGUGGUAUGGAUCCGAUGUUGGGAGGGUGAUGAAGCUUGUUAGAGAAUGGGUGGGAGGUGAGGAGGUUAUGAUGAGUGAGAAGAUGGGGGAGGAGCGGUUGAAGGAGAUGGUUUUGUUGGCGAAGGUCGAGGUGGAGAGGCGGAAGACUUUGGAUAAAGAGGCGUUACCUGAGUAG